UCUCUGUGGUCAUCUGUGUAUCACAGUGAUGAAUGGAGGCACCUUUAUCACACGUCGUUACGGCAUCAUUAGGCUCCGUUACUGUCCCGCCUAUCAUUUGAUCCUAUCCAAUCACACCAGCAUCAGUUUUGGCGAGUCGUUCAAAUUCAGUUUCAAGCUGUAACUGCGCUGCUGCGGCCCGAGUCUACCCUGCAGAUGAGCCAUAUUCUGUGAUGACAGAGACGAUAUUCCAGGAGCUUUACGAUGCUCGGACAUUUGGCUCGCAGCAUAUUUUGAGAGGAGUUGAAUCGGACAUCGCUGCGACACUGCUUCAUGGAGGAUCAUCGUAUGCGCGGUCGGCUCGGUAGGAUGGCACACAGUGCGCAGUUACACGGAGGAAGGAUUGCGUUAUGGUUUUAAAAUAAAAUAAGAAUGGCUGACUCACUGUGCGAGGCCUCUGCCAGGGGAAACCUCAGUGAAGUGUCGCUUUUGCUGCAAGAUGGAGCAAACGUUAAUGGCUUUAAUAUGUACAACAGGACUGCACUGCAGGUGGUGAUGUUGGGGAACGACGCUGUGGUCAGGGCUCUUCUCGAGGCGGGGGCGGACCCCAACAUACGCGACCCGGUCCUCAGACUCACCGUGACGCACGACGCCGCGCGCGAAGGAUUUAUAAACUCUGUGCGCGAGCUGGUAGACCACGGGGCAGAUAUUAAUCUCGUGGACGACCACGGUAACCUGCCGCUGCACCUGGCAGCCCGAGAGGGCCACCUUGAAGUGGUCCAGCUGCUGAUCGGACGCACCGUGAACCCCCGAACCCCAAACGGUCAGGGAUACACCGCCGCGCAGCUGGCGCACCUCCACAGGAGGGAGGACACUGCCAGAUACAUUGACGAGUAUCUGAGCUCAAACUAAAGGAGGAGGAGGAGGAAGAGGAUGAAGAUGAAUCCUUGUUACACUUCUGCUUUUCUGCUUACAUCUUUUUGCUGAUACUUUAACAUCUGAUUACAUUGUCUAAAAUCUCUGUUUUGUUAAAUUCCUUAAAAGUCUUACAAAGCUUAAGUGUGUACACAUUUAUUAUACUUGCUGCUUAAAGAGAAACAGGAGACCAAGUUUAUAAGUUAAAAAAAAGCUAAUUUGGGAUACCAAAAUAAAAAAGUAUAAUUAUAUUGGUUAGUAUGUGCUCCGUAGUUUUUUGGAUUGGCAUUAUUUGAAAGCCACCUUGAUACAUUCUCAUGAGGUUAUUGCAUUUCGUCUGCAGCCUCACGAACAGGAGACAAAGCCACAAAGGUUUCGCUCUUGCUGCUUCAAUGACAAAGUGAAACCCAUUUGUGCACAGUUUAGAAAUGAAAUGAAAUGAGUACAUCACUACAUAUAUCAUGUGAUCAUGAAACUCAAUAAUGUAUAGACUAUGACACACAGAAACAUAAUUCAUGUUAUGUUGUUGUUUGUAAGGAUGCGUUUUUUUAUUCAGAGGUGUCUCUAAUAUUUUGGUUAUUUCUACUGAAAAAACAAUGACAAAAUGUGAUUAACCCCCCCUCUCUUUCUAUCUUCCUCUGUUGGUAGAUUAAUGUGAAUACAAAAUGUGAAAAUAUUGCCAAAGCACUAGCCGCGUUAUAUAAAUAAUAUGAUAAUAAAGGACAGCUUUUAAUCCUUGCCUGAUACCUUUUUUUUUGUUUGUUGUAUGUAUGAGUCAUGUCUUCAGGCCUUUAAGUCCUCAAGGGGAAAACGUCUUUUAUCCACAAACUUUUCCUUUUCAAAAACAGGAGCUGCCUAACACACUUUGUUAUAAGAUUAGUUUGUCAUAAUGUCCGUCUCCACAUAUAUUUAACCAGAUUGUUUUUAUGUUCAAACAU